UUCAAUCAUGUCCUGUAAUGCAAUCCAACAAUGUAAACAAACCCUAAUCAAAUCCUCACCUUUCGCUCUGUUUCUUUGAAGAAUAUGAGUUGGGAUCGAACCCCCUUUUACAUUUUCUCUCUCAAGCUCUAGGGUUUCCUCUUUCUUCGCCUUUUUUCCCCCUGCAUCAUCUCCACUUCACUCCCGCCCUUUUUGUUGAUCCGGACGAGCUUUUUUUUUUGGGGGGCGGAAGAUGGCGAUGAAGCCGAGUCGCGGUGCGGGCGUGUGGGCUGUGCUUUGUCAUUCGCUGCUCGCCGCGGCUCUGGUCUGCUCCAAGAAUCACGGAAACCCAGCGAAUGAUCUUGUGGACAUGAUCAACAAGAACAGGACGGCCCUCAAGCUUCCAGUGCUGAAUGACAGCCCGGGUAUAGGGUGCAUGGCCUUGCAAUACAUCGAGCUAUGCAAGGGAAACUGCACUAACAACAUUCCGCACUGCAAAGUACCAGAAGACGACUUCACCGAGAUAUUUGCUCCGAAUUGCGGCGUCGAGCUACCGACUUUCGGUACCCUAACCGGCCAAAUCGUGGGUUGUCAUUCCAAGUACCUCGAGCCGUCGCUGGCCUUCUCACAGGUUCUUGUGAAAGACAAGACGAGCCUCUCUCUCCUGAGAAACAAGUCGCACACAGAGGUCGGAGUCGGCUUAGUCGGGGCUCACAAGGGCCCCUUCUUCUGGUGCGUCUUGUUCAGCAGUGACCGUGCGAAUUCCACGUUUGUUCUCGAAGAUCAAGGUGUCGGGAUCAAACAAAAGAAGGGCUGCUUCAGCGGGAGUAGCAAUCCUUGCAGCGGCGGUCUGAAGAGAACCGCAAUGCUGAAGAACACUUUAAUGACGACGCUCUACUGUUUGUGCAUUCUUUUGUUGCAUUUGUAAUGCUAAUGCCUUGUAUUCUCUACUUACAGACAGCAAUGUGGAGCGCCCGAGAAGAGAAUGCACGAAUUUUGUUAUCAAAGGGACAGAAUAGAUUUUGCACUUCAAUGUUA